CCCACGUACCCAAGGUCAGCCUCAACAACAACCUUCCUCAAGUUCAUGUAUCCAGGAAUCCAUCCGUUCGCUCCCGGGUGUCUUCCCUUCCCCAUUUCCCUAAGGUCGGCUGUGCCUUCCCCGGAUCAGUGUCUCCAGGAAUCCACUUAUGUCACCUCAGGUGUACUCCCUUCCCCACUUCCCCAAGGUCAGCGGUAUUCUUGCCGUCCGCAGGAUCAUGUAUCCAGGAAUCCUUCCGUCUACCGCCGGAUAUCUUCCCUUCCCCACUUACCCAAGGUCAGCGGUAUUCUUGCCGUCCGCAGGAUCAUGUAUCCAGGAAUCCUUCCGUCUACCGCCGGAUAUCUUCCCUUCCCCACUUACCCAAGGUCAGCCUCAACAACAACCUUCCUCAAGUUCAUGUAUCCAGGAAUCCAUCCGCUCGCUCCGGAUGUCUUCCCUUCCCCAUUUCCCUAAGGUCGGCGGUGCCUUCCCCGGAUCAGUGUCUCCAGGAGUCCACUUGUGUCACCUGAGUGGACUCCCUUCCCCACUUCCCCAGAGUCAACGGUGCCUUCCCCGGAUCAGUGUCUCCAGGAGUCCACUUGUGUCACCUGAGUGGACUCCCUUCCCCACUUCCCCAGAGUCAGCGGUGCCUUCCCCGGAUCAGUGUCUCCAGGAGUCCACUAGUGUCACCUCAGGUGGACUCCCUUCCCCACUUCCCCAGAGUCAGCGGUUGCCACCUUCAGUGACCUCGCUGCAUGGAAACUUGGUCUUGUCUAGCUGGUCUACGGUAGAGACUGUCCAGGUGGGUGGAAUUACUGGAGGUGACACACACAGAAAACUGCGUCCAGUAAUUACACCCACCAAGACAGCCGCGACCGUAGGUCAGCUAGACGCCACCAAGCUGCCUCACAGUUCGGCCACAUCCGAGAGGCUAAUUAACAUAAAUUUUGGAAAUCCUUUUAUGUACACUAUGAAAAAUGUACUGAGAACAA